GGCAGAAUUCAAACGUUCCGCUCCGAUUAUAAUCGAGUUUAAUGCAAUAGGUUUAGAGUCUCGUAAAAACACAGACAGUUUAUACGGUUAACGACACAGUAAACACGUUUCCGCCGGUCUUACCUCCAACACUGCACGCGGUUAAUUCCUAAUAAUUAAUUAACAGCGUUGUCGUGUUUAUUAUUUAAAUAAAGUUAUUAGGUUUUGUAUCAGGGAAACAUGGCGGCCUCCUUGCUGAAGGUUGCAGCAACAUGUGUUUCAAGGUUUGCUGCCUUCCAGCCCCUAUCAGUGAGAACGUUUUCUUCAUCGUUACCCGUCAGUCAAAGCGUCCCUCCAUCCUUAUGGAAGCUGGGCAGACUGAACCAUGUUGCGAUCGCUGUACCAGACUUGGAGAAGGCAACAGCUUUGUACCGGGAUAUCCUCGGUGCCCAGGUGAGCGCCACCGUGCCCUUGCCAGAGCAUGGAGUUUACACUGUGUUUGUGGAGCUUGGAAACACCAAACUGGAGCUCCUGCACCCUCUGGGAGAAAAGAGCCCCAUCGCAGGCUUCCUGCAGAAGAAUAAAGCUGGAGGAAUGCACCAUAUCUGUAUUGAGGUAGAUGAUAUAAAUUCAGCAAUAGCGGAUCUGAAGGCAAAGAAAAUCAGACUGCUUUCUCCAGAGCCGAGGAUAGGUGCUCACGGCAAACCUGUGAUGUUCCUCCAUCCUAAAGACUGUGACGGGGUUCUUGUCGAAAUAGAGCAAGCGUAGUAAUCAACGUGUCUUUUAAAAAAAACUCUACACACGAGUCCUACUUUGAUGUUACUAAUGAAGUUGAAGAACUGAUAUAAACUAAAGUUUUCUUCUUUCACACUCAUCUAUAGGGUUUGACAUGUCUUUUGAAUGAUUUUCCUUGUCUGUAAAUUACUGUAUGCAGGUUGUACUAUACUCUAUCAUGUAAAAGGCUUCAUCUUUGCACUAAGAGGUGAAAUUCAGAUGAAUGCUAGCGAGCUACAUGCUGUUGUUAAUAGUAGUGCUAAUGGUGAUGGAAAUUGUUCUCAUCCUUAAUCCACCUACUUUAUGUAACGAAGCCUAGGAGGCAGCAUGUGUGGCCUGAUCAGUGACAAGCAAACAUUCAAACAUACACAAUCUCAUUAUCUUUUCACUUUGUCAGUCAUCAUGAUGUUUCCUUUUGGUUUUCUGAUCGCAAAAUCCACAGAGUUUCCACACUACAUCAUGCAAUAUAACUUCAUUUAGAGUACUCAGUGAAUAAAAAUGCACCACAGGCAGAAGGGUUUAGAAAGAUGAAACUGUUCCACUCUGUAUCCAUCCCCUCCUCAGACUUCACUGUCUGCAUAAGAAUGAGCAUGUUACUGGGAUACAAUUUGGACCAUUUCCAUCUCUCAGAUGUCUCUUGUUCUGCUGCUUGCUCCAUAAAUCACUUCCCUUUGGACACUGCUGGAGGGGGGAGAUUAUAGAAGCCAUGUUUUCUCAAAGUUUCCUGACUGUUUGGUUUCUUCUUAGUUACUUUGUUGACGCUUUUGAAUUAUUGCAAUAAAAGGGUCUGAUUUGCAGCUUAAA